GCAAGCCUGAGCCUCGCCCAUAGGCUUCUUUUAAGUUAAAACUCCUGUGUAAAAUUCACAACAUAGCCACAACGAAGAGCAAAUAAAACCUUGAAUUUUCACUUCAUGUCAAAUAUCCCCAAAAGGCUUGCCAAAACCUUUAAAUAAUGACUGAGAUCGAAAUCUUUUACUGUUUCGUUAUGCUCUGUCGUGUAAUAUCAGCUUGGUUUCAAUAUUGUUUGUUUUCCGCUUUAAGAGUUCCCUUCCCUAUCUUGCAUUUAAGUCCUUUGCCCCUGAUAUCGGCCUAUCUUACACUCGCCUUGAGAAUUCAAGAGUCCAGACCUGACAGCUGUAAUUUUAUGGCACUAAUGUAAACAAAAGCAAUCUAAUCAGUGUUAUUCAACAUGGAAACUUCAAUUUCAGAAUUUCUUCAAUUUUGUGCCAAAAUUGAUCGAAUUACACCAGCCAUCGCACAUGCGCACCACCGGAACUUUGAAAGUUUUUUGAUGCUAGAAAUAGUUCAUUUUCCUUUUAAAAGUUUUGGUUUCUGCGGUAAGGUUGGAAUGCGGCCAGUAUAAGCUGCGGUUAGGCAUUUUCUUAAUAUUGUUGAUUUGUUGAUAAAAAAAGGCUGCUUAAAAUACAUCGAGGUUCAAUAUUCCGCAGCCUUCAGGAACGAAAGUGGACAGGCUCGAGUCGGCGUAAAUUUGCAAUCACGCCACGUGGAACCACGAGGACGAUUAUCUGAAAACGAGUUGUUAACAAAGUGUUUUAACGAGUUGUUACUGAACAACAUCUUCUAUACUUCAUUAAAACAUUCAUUUGGGAUUGAAGUCUAAAAUGAAUGCAACGCUUAACGUGAUUGAAAACUUCGCCCGCCAGUUGCAAGACCGUUCUCCUGCAACUCAAGCCACCGAGUCGUUCUUCAUAUUAUUGAUCAACUUUGUCUCCUUUGCUGGAAAUCUUCUGCUGGGAAUCGCUGUCAUCAGAAACCCGAAUCUUCGCAGCACUGUUCCAAACAUGUACAUCAUAACCCUAGCUGUUGCGGACUUCCUCAUGUCUUUGCUGGGAAUUCCGUUUUCAGCCGCUUCUUUAAUUGUUGGAAAAUGGCCGUUCAGCAACUUUGUCUGCCAGCUUCAAGGAUUCUGGAUUCUUCUUAUGUGUGCCGUAUCGUUAGAAACUUUAGCUGUCACCGCUGUCAACAGAUAUGUCCUUGUCGCCCGAUCCCGUGCUCUAUAUCAAAAAAUCUUCACCUUAAAGAAAACGAAAAUAACAAUCGCAAUUUUGUGGAUCCUGGCUUUGUUUGCGCCCCUACCAUACGUUGUUUUCGGCCACGAGUUUUUCUUUCACACUGGCAAAGUUUUCUGCGCGCACGAUUUUGAAAGUUUGAAUCAAGGAUAUGGGGCUUAUCUGGUUCUUGUUUACGUGGCUAUUCCCCUGAUGAUCAUCAUAACUUGUUACACAAAAGUAUUUAUAGCGGUGCGUAAACACAACCUUCACUUUCAACGCAAUCAGCGAAGAAGACAAAUGGAUCAGCUAUCUGACAGUGGGCUAUCCGUCGAAGAAGUGAACAUUACCUACAUUCUCUUUGCGGUUGUAAUAGGUUUUCUAACCUGCUGGACUCCUGUCUUGGUGAUAGAUAUGGUCGAUUUUAUAAACGCCGACUGGAAACUAAAACGCCAAGUGUAUGUGAGCUACACUUGUUUUGGAUUUUCCAGCACUUCGUUAAACCCCGUCAUAUACGGCAUCAUGAAUCGCUCUAUUAGAGCGGAGUACUUCAGAAUUUUUACUUCCUUGAAAAAUUUUUUUGUGAUGCAAAAGAUGUAAUCCAGCCGUUGGUCGAUGUAGAGGAGGAUCUCUUUCCAAACUUAUUUUGGAAAUGGGGACCUUCCUUUUCCCAGUGAUUCCUGUACAUAGAAGAUCAGAAAAGUAAAAUCAAACGUGAUUGUAUACAUUACGCUUCGUGUGUUAAAGGAAGGAGGUGUAGCUGUUGUGUAUUUAGUCUACGAUGUACUUUGUCGGCAUAGCACAGUUAAACAAACAGAGUAAAGAAUUGGCUCAAUCACUAUGUUAAUUUAAGAUAUAAACAGAAGCUUGCUGAUUUCAGACAAGAAA